AUGACCGGGCCAGUCUUCCACACAGCACUAUUCACAUCCUCCGAGCUACUCACUCAACCAUGGCUGUCCGACCUCACACGCAUGGUCAACGCUAGCUAUAUGGUCAACCACACCAAUGUAAUCAAAUUCGCUUCAACCAAGAAAAGACUGCAGACCGACUCAACCUUGUCCGAAGAAUUGGGGGAGGGCGGGUUCACCGUGGUGGCCUUUGUUUCAAACGGCCCAGACCAGCCAGAUGAGGUGAUCGGCACCGCGAGCAUGAAGAAAUGGAAGGACGACGGACAGUGGAGGCCCCACGACGAGCCGACCAGUAUGGCCGAACGGGUGGAUCAGGAUCUCACCCAGGUCCUACAGAAACACGCCUGUGACGGCGACUACGAGCUGUCUACUGUGGCUCUCCCGCCAGAUCCUCGAAUCCGAGGAAAAGGAAUCGCAGGUCAUCUCGUCCGAUUGUGUGAAGAGGAAAUUCUGCGACGGCAGAGGGCUAGCGAGAAGACCUCCCAGUCUUCUGUGCGCAUUAUGAUUCGCACUGUUAAAGAGAAUAAUAGCAGCUACUGGACGAAGCAGGGUUUCACCGUGGUGGGGAGUCGGAAAUGCCCCAAGGGAUUCUGGGACGCAGCGGAACCGUUUACAAUGUGGGCGAUGAUCCGAGAAUUGUCGCCCAAAUCCGAGUUGAAAGGUAUAUAA